CAUCCAGUCGAGGAUUGUAGCCUCGCUAUUUGCGAUGCGUCCACGGUUCAACACAACAAGUGUAUUCACGGCGACUUUAUUAUUACUCCCGAUUACAUUAGCCAGACAAAUUACGCGGCACCUUGUAAAGAGCAGGUGUGGUACUGGGUUAGUAAUCAGCAGCCUAACGAGGCACUCUUAUUUAAGCAGCAUGAUACGGAUGAGUCUUCAAACACCCGUUAUUGCCCUCACACAGCAUUCUGGAAGGAUGGUCCGCGAAAGUGUUCUAGACCCCGGCAGAGUAUCGAGGUCCGGGUUCUUGUGGUAUUUGAUAAAUGA